GCGUUCUGUCAAAGUAAAUAUAAUUUUGUCGGGUGCUCUUUUUUCAGUAAUAUAAAAACUUUAUUAAAUAAAGAGUAACAAUGACCUCAACCGCAAAUAAAGGAACUUUUCAACCGGAUUCAGAUGUGCACAUUACCUAUGAAGAUCAACAAAAGAUUAAUAGGUUUGCAAGAUUAAACGCCAAACUAGAAGAUUUAAAGGAUGAAGUUAGAAUUAAAGAGAACGAUUUCCAAAGUAUUGAAGAUGCAUGUGAUGAUAUGGAGUUGUUUGAUGAUGAUGAAAAAAUACCUUAUUUAGUGGGAGAAGUUUUUAUUUACCACGAUUUAGAAACUGCACAGAAAUGCCUUGAAGAAGCGAAGAAAAAAAUACAGCAAGAAAUUUCUGAACUUAAAGACAAAGCUAAGGAAGUUAAAGAAACUAUGAGUGACUUAAAAUCUCACCUAUAUGGCAAAUUUGGAGGUCACAUUAAUUUGGAAGCAGAUGAAGAAUAAUGUAUUGGUUUUAAGUAUUUAUUUUGUUUAAAUUAAAAUUUUUAAAAUAA